AUGCAGCAUCGCGCCACACAACCCUAUCCAAACGUUGCUCCGGUCCAUCACGUCCAGCAAUCGCAGUCGCGACCGUUGAAUAGCAAUCAGACGCCUCAGCAGCCGUAUCCGUCUCCGAACGUAUACACGCCGCAGCCAGGUCUUCAGUCGCCAUUUCUGAACAACCAGGCUCAAUUUCAGUCACAACAGGCGCCAAACGACGCUCCUAAUUACUAUCCUUCGAAUCAGAGCCCACGAAGCCAGCAUAGCGGUGCUGGAACCUACUAUCCGACCGAAAAACCCGAUUCUAUGGCAGCGACAGCGACCAUGCAGAGGCCCUACCCCCCUAUCUAUCACACUCCGCAAUCGAAUUCACCGGCGUCGGUGACCUCGCCUCAAUCUCAUGACCAUGGAAGGCCCAUGUAUGGCCAGCCGGCUUCUCAAUUGAAUCAACCGCUCUACGGUUAUCCUCAAUAUCAGUCAAUGAAUCAAGUACACCAGCCAGCAUAUGGAGGCCACCAUGGACAAACUCAGCAGCAUCAGAUGAAUUCCCAGCCGAUGUUGCCGUAUCAAUCUACUACUCCCCAAAUUCCUCAAAGCCAAGUUGCUCCUCAUCACUCUACGAUCUCAAGCAGUCCCAGGUUGAAAUCCGACGCCAAUCAACAAUAUCAACAGACACCGCAAGCUCGACCGGGCAUGCUUCCACAACAGCAGCAACAUCCAGCUCCAGUCCCGCCCACCGCUGGCCUUUCUCAACAACAACAGCAGCAGCAGCAGCAACAACAACAACAACCACCGCCCCCGCCGCCGCCCCCGCCGCAGAAUCCCAAUCUUCCGCCGAACUCGAAUGCGGCUCCCGGGCCCAUUCCUGCCACGACACCUUUGGUCGUCCGACAGGACGGAAAUGGCGUUCAAUGGAUAGCUUUCGAAUAUUCUCGAGAUCGUGUCAAAAUGGAAUACACCAUUCGAUGUGACGUGGAAUCGGUGGAUGCUAAUGCCCUGUCGCAAGAAUUCAAAUCCGAGAACUGUGUCUAUCCGCGGGCCUGUGUCCCCAAAGAACAGUACAAAGGGAAUCGACUGGGAUAUGAAACCGAUUGCAAUCAAGUAGGUUGGGCUUUGGCCGAAUUAAAUCCAUGUUUACGAGGAAAACGCGGUUUGAUUCAAAGGGCAGUCGAUAGCUGGAGGAACAGCAACCAGGAUCCGCGAUUGAGAAGCCGACGGGUAAGGCGACAAGCCAAAAUGAACAACCGGUCGAAGUUGACGGCUUCAACCGCUGGCCAAGCACCUGGGUCAGCUGGUCCCGUAUCGACGGGGCUUCCUGGUCCAAAUUCAAUGGCCGCUCCGAGUGCCAGGCCCCCUGGUGCCUUGCCAAAUGCACCGACCCAAAUCUUACAUCGCCAACAGGAAGUAUCUCCCACCGGACACGAAAAUGUUGGAGCAACCCCGUACAACACCGCCCCGCAAGCAUAUCGCCAAAACUCCACACCGCAACAUAUGCCGAGUCCAAACGACAUUCGCCAGGGUCACGUUUUCUCUGGCUAUCCCAAUUACCCAGCAGUUCCGACCAGCAUGGCUCCAUCAAUGGCUCCCUCGAUGCAGGGAGGUUUGCACCACCUCGGAAGACCCGGGGGGACGGCCGCCAUGGCAUCUAAAGAACAAACCGAAAAGGAAGAAGAGGACAAUGCCCUGUUCGGCGAACUGCCCGAAGGCAAACGACGAAAGUUCAUUCUGGUCGAAGACACUCAGAAGAAUACCCGAAUACGAGUCAAGGUGACCUUGGAUCAAAUCGAAAUGAGUGAGAUCCCCGAUUCAUACCGAAAGCAGAAUUCAGUCUUUCCACGCGCGUAUUUCCCGGUUCAAAUGCAAAGUGUUCCCGAUUCUACCCGAGGGGAUCGAUUUGUCGAGGAAGGGGAUGAAGUGGACGGUGGUGCGCCCACCAUCGGCAAGACGUCUGUCGCAGUCCAAACCGGUGAUGGUGAGGCUGAGGUGGAUGUGCCGAAAAUUUCUCGAAGCAAGCGAGUUCGGGAAGAAAAGAUCAAUGAACUAGGAUAUCGCAUGGCAUGGGGUCAAGGUCGAGUGUUUUCGGCCCGGCCCAUCUUUCUUGGUCGUGCCCUGGAUGCGUAUCGAGGCAAGCAACGAAGUGCCCUCUUAGCGGCUGGUUCGGAACCGUCAACCAUCCCAGCUCAUCUCGAAACACGACCAGGAAAAAGAAAGUGGCUCGAAAGAACGAAAGUCGUUGCUCAACCGCCAACACCGCCAACCGCCGUAUCCGACUGA